ACCAUGCUCGUGAGUUGUGACUAUAUUUUCUGCUGCUUCUUCUUCCUUUGAGUUACAGAACUCAACAGCCUGCCGGCCCUAGAAAACGGGAGGGAAAUGGGAUUUGCAAUGAGCACAGAACGUUCCAGGAGUUCUGCAAGAGCCCCAUCACCGCCGGUGCAAUUGAGCGUGCAAGAUAAAUAUGUGGUGAUUGGAAAUGGGAUGGUGCAAGUGACAAUAUCAAAACCAGAGGGAAAUAUUACUGGUAUACAAUAUAAUGGCAUAGACAAUUUGCUUGAAGUUGAGAAUGAAGAACCAAAUAGAGGGCUAGAAGGAAAAAAGUUUCAGGUAAUUGUAGAAAAUGAAAAUCAGGUGGAGAUAUCAUUCACUAGAAUGUGGGAUCCUUCCCUUGAAGGCAAAGUUGCCCCUUUGAACAUUGACAAAAGGUUUGUAAUGCUGCGAGGUUCCUCAGGGCUCUACACAUACGGUACUUACGAGCACCUGGAGGGAUGGCCUGCUUUCAACCUUGACAGGUCCAGGAUUGCCUUCAAGCUUAGAAAAGACAAGUUUCAUUACAUGGCAGUAGCAGAUAACAGGCAAAGAUAUAUGCCUCGACCGGAGGACCGGUUACCUUACAGAAGCCAACAACUGGCCUAUCCAGAAGCAGUUAUUCUAGUUGAUCCAUUGGAGAAAGAGUUUACAGGAGAGGUUGAUGACAAGUACCAAUACUCUUGUGAAACUGAAAAUAACAUGGUCCAUGGAUGGAUUUGCAAUGAACCCCCAGUUGGUUUCUGGCAAAUAACACCUAGCAAUGAGUUCAGAACUGCUGGUCCGGUCAAACAGUACCUUACCUCACAUGUGGGUCCAACCACCCUUGCGGUGUUGCACGGUGUUCAUUAUGCAGGAGAAGAAUUGAUAAUAAGAUUUGGACCUAAGGAGGCAUGGAAGAAAGUUUUUGGCCCCAUUUUCAUUUACCUCAAUUCUUCAUCAAGUGGAGGUGACCCAAUUUCAUUACUCUGGAAUGAUGCUAAAAAACAGUUGAUGAGUGAAGUUCAAAGCUGGCCCUACAAUUUCCCUGCUUCUGAAGACUUUCCACGGUCUGAUAAACGGGGUACCAUCAGUGGCAGAUUAUUGGUGAAAGACAGUUUUGUUUCUGGUGAGAACAUUCCUGCAAAUGGUGCAUAUGUGGGCUUGGCACCCCCAGGAGAUGUUGGAUCUUGGCAGAGAGAGGUCAAGGGUUACCAAUUCUGGACAAGAGCUGAUGCAGAUGGCUAUUUCUCCAUUAGAAAUGUUCGGCUAGGCGACUAUAAUCUCUAUGCGUGGGUCCAUGGUUUCAUUGGAGAUUAUAGAAAUGACAAAGUCACAACCAUAACCCCAGGCUAUGAAAUUCAUAUGGGUGAUAUUGUGUAUAAACCUCCAAGAUAUGGCCCUACAUUAUGGGAAAUAGGGAUCCCAGACCGUUCAGCCAGAGAAUUCUAUGUUCCUGAUCCAAUUCCUAAGUACAUCAACAAACUAUAUGUUAAUCAUCCUGACAGAUUUAGACAGUAUGGACUAUGGGAAAGAUAUGCAGAGUUAUAUCCUGCUGGAGAUUUGGUCUACACAGUUGGCACCAGUGACUAUAAAAAAGAUUGGUUUUUUGCCCAGGUACGGGUUAAUGAUCUUUUGGCAAAUCCUCCUCUCUUUACCAGUGGAAAAAUUGGCAAGGAUAACGCAAUUGCAAGACAUGGAAUUCAUGGUAUUUACUGGCUGUUCAGUGUGGAUGUUCCCAGUAAUCUGCUCCAGAAAGGGGAUAACACCAUUUUUCUAACACAACCAAGAAAUCAAAGCCCUUUCCAAGGGAUCAUGUAUGACUACAUCCGUUUAGAAGGCCCUCCAGCUUAAUUCCAGCUAGAAAACAAUAGCAUUUUAAUAAUUAUAUUGUUUUCAAAUAAUGGAAGUUCCGUGAAUUGAAAGGAAAUCUGUUCAUAUAUGAAUAAAUUUGACAUCAAACU